GAGUCAGCGUGCAGAGACGGAACAGUUAUGGUGACGCACACAGGAAAAUAACGGAGCAUGGCGUCGGGUCAUUUGUGCAAGCUACACAGUCUCCUAGCGCGAGUUUCUUGUGGCCUCAAACUGCGACAUGUACAAACAUGUUUAGUGCCACUCCGACAGAAGUCCAACAUCAGCGCUCCUUCGCUUGAUGGCCCUAACUGUAACGUGGAAAUCGGUGUGACUUCAGAUGGGAAAACCAUAGUGUGCUACCAUCCCACUGUCGACAUUCCCUAUGAGCUCACCCAGCCUAUAGAACGUCCUGACCCUGUGACCUCCCCGGUUGAGACCCACGACCAGGUUUUAAAGGCCCACCUCAGCAAGGAGGUGCUGAAGGGCAAACAGGGGCCAACUAUAGAGGAGCUGAGCAAGAUGUUCUUCACCACCAAACACCGCUGGUAUCCAGUUGGACAGUAUCACAUGAGACGCAGAAAGAAGGAUCCACCAAAGGACAGAUAGUUCAAAGUUAGAAAACUGCAAAAUGAGUUUGUCUUAUUGCCGCAAUUCUGUAUGUAUAAUAAACUGUUAAAUAUUUA